CUUUUCAAUUCUGAUUUGUGCCACUUUCAUAUGUGGUAUUAAAUCUGAUACAAAUCUGAUGUUCUGCAAUCCGACCACAGUGUGAACGGGCUGAUUUUAUACUCUGAAACUGAAAUGUCGACUGUCGGAGCCAUGAAUCCUUCAUCGAUUGUCAUCCAGCUUCAUCCACCAACACAAACAGCAACUGUGACUGGGACCAGUUCUUCUGUGCCUGUUCACAUACAGCAUGUAGCAGGAGUUUCACCUCUUCAAGGAAUUCAGCUCUUUCUGAGAGGCCAACCGAAAGCCCUUGGGACUGUCCAGAUAAUGAUCGGUGUGUUGACUUUCCUGUUUGGAAUCGUGUCUAUAUUAUUUGCCUUCAGGGGUGUUUCUUACGUGGGAUCUUCGAUUUACAUUACUGCAGGCUCGCUCUCCAUUGCUGCUGAAAACAAAAUGAAUUCACCAACUGCUUUAUGUUUGGUGAAAGCUUCCCUCGGGAUGAACAUUUUCAGUGCUAUAACUGCAGGCAUGUCCAUUAUUGUGCUUUCACUGGAUUUUGCUUUAGGACCCAACCUCAGUUCCUGCAGAGACCCUCAUUGUUAUAAUGAUACAUCUAUUUUAUUAGGAAUCAGUGGUGUGUUCCUGGUGUUCGUCAUCCUUGAGUUCUACAUCUCCAUCUGGCUAUCUGCGUUUGCCUGUAAAGUCACCUGUUGCUGUCAUCCUAAGACUCCAGAGGACAGAAACCCUUUAAUUCAACCAACUCCUGCAGAAAUCCCCCAACAGUAUAUCCAAUGCCCUCAAGAAAUCCCCCAACAGUAUAUUCAAUGUCCUCAAGGAAUCCCCCAAGAGUACUUUCAACGUCCUCCUGCAGAAGCUCCCCCAGCGUACGCUUUAGGCAAAUAAAUGUGAAUCAAUAUGUAAAAACGGGGCAGAGCGGUGGGUCUGCUGUUUUGAUGCUGUGACGAUUCAUUGAUACAUUGUGUAUCUGAUCUGAAGGCACAUCACCAGACUGUGUAAAAGGACUAUUAUAGUCAUCAACAUAGAUAUCGCUGUGUAUUUUACAUUUACAUGUGUAUUUUUGUGUGUUUUGCUACUACUUGUAUGUAUUUUUUAAGUUUUUUGCAGAGGUGGAAAGAGUAAUACAAUAUUGUACUCAAGUAAAAGUACUGUUACUUACAAAA